AUGACAGGGCUCCAGGCCAACGUAUUCGCUGGCAUUGGUGUCUGCUGGGGACUAGCCACCCUCGCUCUGAUCGGCCGUGUCGUCGCUCGCCGUAUGACCAAGGUGCGGUGGUGGUAUGAAGACUACUACUGUCUAUCCGCCUUCAGCUUCGCGAGUGCCUAUAACGCACUCUGUCUCUACUGGUGUACGACUUGGUACCUCGGUCAAAUCAUCCCCGACUCGAUUGAUGAAACAAAACACGAGGAUAUCCUCUUCCACUCUAGGAAGAUGGCCUUCUUCUGCUCCCUGACAUACGCCUACUCGAUCGGGUCUUCGAAGCUGGCCAUCCUCUCGCUGUACUGGCGACUCUUCAAAUUCUCCUCAAUUCGAAUACCGAUCAUCACACUGUACACAAUAGUCGCCGUCUGGCUCGUUGUACGAACCUUCUUGAUCUUCCUCCGCUGCUCCCCGGUAGCGGCAUAUUGGGACGACUCCAUCCCUGGCGGCCACUGCAACAUCAAAGACUCGGCCUUCUUCUUCGGAACCAUGCUUCCUCAUUUUCUCCUCGACGUCAUCAUCCUCGCCUUGCCGGUGGUGGAAGUGUCUAGGCUUAGGUUGCGCAUAGGGCAGAAGAUUGCCAUUAUCGCUCUAUUUCUAGUCGGCGUUGUUGUGUGCGUCGCAUCUGUCAAUGGUUUGAUCCUGUCCAUCAGCGCGGACCCAUCUACCACUCAGAUGCCAUACGACUAUGCGAUUACCUAUACAUGGGGUGGCGUGGAGGUCAAUAUUGCCGUCGUCUCUUCAUGUUUCCCCCUCCUCCGACCGAUUUUCCGCUUCAUGUUCGGUUCCCGUGCACUCAACUCCUACGACUACAACGCCUACACUGCGAACGGGGCGAGCAAUGCCAACCAGACUUUUCCACGGACGAACGGCAUCGAGCUGAGCGCCAUGACUAAGAAGCGCAAGAAGGGCGUCGACCUGGGGAGCUCGCAAGUGGGACUCACAGACGAAGAGAAAGGCAUCCUAGGGGAUCCGACGAGUCUGAAGUCUCCUGACCGUGUGCACACGACUAUCACGAGGCCGGACCCUGAUAAUGAGUGGUUUGGUGCGAAUGAAGAGAAUGGAAUCCGAGUGCGUAAGGAUGUGAUGAUUGAGGUGCAUGAGGUCAAAAGUGCGAGGUCUUAUAGUAGUGGUCAUACAUCGCAGGCGUAA